AUGGGAACAGAUUCUGAGCCGCCUCCAACUCCGGACAUCAUUCGACCGGACACGGUUGCCGCUGACCACUUCAGCCGACCGACGAGUCGACGCCCCACCUCACGACACGCCUCCUCCACGCACCUGGCAGGCAGACUGUCUCGCGUGAGCUCCCACAGACACACCCCCAGCUUGGUGAAAGACAGGAGGCUAAGCCACGCCUCUGACCAGUCGGGUCUGGCGGAGGGACCAGUUGGGAGCCAAGCGCCCACUCCCAGCCCCGGAAAUGUAGGCAACAUCUUGCCGGAGAUUGAUCUGGAGCACAGCGAAGAUGAAGACAGUAGUGUAAUACGUAGCCUUCAUAAUGCCGUUCCAGGUCAGCAGAAAGAGUUCCCCGGCCCCAAUGACCCCGAGCGUCCCAAAGCGAUGUACCGCGCCGCCUGCAAGAAGAUGGGUAUCACCCCGUGCAAGAAAAUCCUCCGGAAUAUCCCGACAGGAGUGAUCAACAUAGCCCACCAAGGCGUUGGGCCCAGAGGGGCGAGGGCACUAGCCAUAGCUUUAGUGACUAGCAUGACUGUGACCGAGCUCCACCUCCAAGGCAACAGCCUGGGCCCAGAGGGCAUGAAGCACGUCUCCGACAUGGUCCAGUCCAACGGCGUUCUCAGAGUGCUGGAUGUGAGUGACAACCAGCUGGGCCUGGAGGGAGCGGAACACCUGGCCAAGAUGGUGGAGGACAGUGACGCUCUCAGCAAACUUAGAGCGGCUAACAACCAGAUGGACGAGCACGCAGCUGUACAGCUCUCCGCGGCCUUAAAAGAAAACAUCAGCAUCAAGACUCUGGACAUUUCUAUGAACGGCAUCGGCCGUGAAGGGGCGGAGUCUAUAGGCCACGCUCUCCGGCACAACAGGACACUGCGCACGCUCAAGAUGAGGGCGUGUCGGAUCAACGUGGACGGCCUUCUGCUGUUCUUCACCAGGAUGGUGGGCAAUGAGACGCUCAAGGCCCUGGACAGAGCCGGCAUACAGUUGUCAGAACACCAAAUGGAAAUGUUGAUAGAGAAUCUGGACAAGGAUAGAGAUGGAGAAAUUGACUUUGGCGAGCUCGUAGAUGCCUAUCGGCGUUUCCAGAGGAAACAGUUGAGGAAGACAGGAGGAGACGGGAGCCGGUCAAAUAGCCGGCCUGGCUCCCGGGCAGGAGGGUCGAGGCCAGGCUCUAGACCAGGCUCCCCUACCAAAACCCGAGACAAGGUCAAAGAGGACCGACCACUGUCCAGGCAGAACUCCAGACCUUCCUCGCCCUUCUCCGUCAGCAUGACACGGCCUCUAGGAACCUCGGCCAACGAACUUGUGCUGGACUCAGAGUACCUGAAGGCGAGCCAGACUACUCACCGACCCAGCAUUCACGACGUGCAUGUGCAGGUGCCCGUGUUCAGCUCUGCGAUUCUCAAAGGUGCCAUUCUGGAGGCCAAAGAGCAGCUCAAGGAGGAUAGCAACGAGGACGACUGAGGAGCUUUGUUUGGUCCAUGCAAGAAACUUAUCGGUCAUGAAAAAACCUAUUCCAAUCGUGAAAAGGUUUCAAAAAAGAAGAAGAAAAAUAAAACAGUUGUUGAAGAGGAUGAGUCAAGUUUUGUGUCAGCGUAAGUAGAGUCUGUAGGUCUGUGUUACCCAUAAAGUAAAGGCUACAGCUUUGCUGAAAGAGCGACAAAAUCUUAAUUUGACCACCAUGGACCAUCGCUCGUCGUACUAAAUCAUAAAAUGCUCAACCUAAACACACAGCCAACUGUGAACUCGAGUACAGUCGAACCUGCUCUAAUUCUAAUGGCCACCUGUCUAUAUAACAAUCACAUGAGCACUUCCCACUCCUCUCUUUGCGUUUUAUAUAAAUUAUAUAGUUCUACAUAUUAUUAUAUGAUGAUUUUGUCAAAGAAACUUCGACUGUACAUAAUGUACAUGUAUUUAUUUAUGUACUCAUCUCUGCAUUCUGUAUCUCAAAGAGGUCAAGGUUGUGCUGGACGCAGAAUGACAGACCUGACAGCGGACCUUAGUAUCACUGCUUGAAAUAAACUGUCAUUGUCAUAGGUCAAGAUUCAGUGAUCUUGGGAGACUAAUGUACAUGUAACUGCAAUCUGUGCAACAGAGUGUUUGACAUCUCCUAACCAACCACAUCUUUCAUACAUAUGGUAGCAUUAUGUUUGGGCAGGCAUAAUGUGACCAAACAAACAUACCUAAUGUAAAAAUAUCAUCAUCCUCACUAACACCCAUGAUCAUUCUGCAUUAAAUUCUAAUGAUUCUAUCU